AAAUUAUGAGCCUCCCAACAGCUUAUCCAGAAAUUCACAAUUUAAGUUCAUGAGAGGACAAAGAAUGUUACAUAUGCAGUAUCUGAUUAAAACCUUGGAGAAGCUUUACAAAAAUUUUUCAGUUCCCCCAGAUGUUACUGCAACUACCUCCACACCUGCUUCCUCCGCACGCCCAUCUGCUAUUGAUCUUCCUCCAUCGGGAAUAGUGAAGGGCAUGCACAAAGCAUCCAACCGGUCCAGCCUUAUGGACACAGCUGAUGGUGUCCCUGUAAGUAGCAGAGUCUCCACGAAAAUUCAGCAGCUGCUCAAUACGCUGAAGAGACCCAAACGGCCACCCCUGAAGGAGUUCUUUGUGGAUGAUUUUGAAGAAAUUGUGGAAGUUCCACAGCCAGACCCAAAUCAGCCAAGGCCAGAGGGACGUCAGAUGACACCUGUCAAGGGAGAGCCCCUGGGAGUAGUUUGCAAUUGGCCCCCUGCUUUAGAAGCAGCUCUGCAGCGCUGGGGAACAACACAGUCCAAAUGCCCCUGUUUGACAGCCCUGGACGUUACUGGGAAGCCUGUUUACACCCUGACAUAUGGUAAACUUUGGAGUAGAAGCUUGAAGCUGGCAUAUACGCUACUGAAUAAAUUGGGCACCAAAAAUGAGCCUGUACUGAAACCUGGAGAUAGAGUAGCCCUUGUUUAUCCCAACAAUGACCCUGUCAUGUUCAUGGUGGCAUUUUAUGGCUGUUUGCUGGCAGAAGUCAUCCCAGUGCCGAUAGAGGUACCUCUAACCCGAAAGGAUGCUGGUGGCCAGCAGAUUGGUUUUCUUCUGGGUAGCUGUGGCAUUGUCUUGGCCCUUACCACUGAAGUUUGCCUUAAGGGUCUCCCCAAAACACAGAAUGGAGAAAUUGUACAGUUUAAAGGUUGGCCAAGGCUCAAGUGGGUUGUAACAGAUUCAAAAUAUCUUUCCAAGUCUCCGAAGGACUGGCAGCCCAACAUUUCAAAUGCAGGGACUGAGCCAGCUUAUAUUGAGUACAAGACCAGCAAGGAGGGAAGCGUCAUGGGUGUAACAGUGUCCCGAAUUGCUAUGUUGUCCCACUGCCAAGCUCUGUCUCAGGCGUGCAACUACUCUGAAGGUGAAACCAUAGUGAAUGUCCUGGAUUUCAAGAAGGAUGCAGGGUUGUGGCAUAGCAUGCUAACAAGUGUAAUGAACAAACUGCAUACCAUCAGCGUGCCGUAUUCAGUGAUGAAGACUUGUCCUCUUUCUUGGGUACAAAGGGUUCACACUCAUAAAGCUAAGGUAGCCUUGGUGAAAUGUCGAGAUUUACACUGGGCCAUGAUGGCUCACCGGGACCAAAGAGAUGUCAGCUUAAGUUCCCUGCGGAUGCUGAUUGUGACUGAUGGUGCUAACCCCUGGUCUGUGUCCUCCUGUGAUGCUUUCCUGAGUUUAUUCCAGAGCCAUGGGCUAAAGCCAGAGGCAAUAUGUCCCUGUGCUACAUCUGCUGAAGCAAUGACUGUGGCCAUUCGGAGGCCUGGUGUUCCUGGGGCACCCUUGCCUGGAAGGGCUAUCUUAUCAAUGAAUGGACUCAGUUAUGGUGUCAUCCGUGUGAACACAGAAGAUAAGAAUUCUGCUCUCACUGUACAGGAUGUUGGUCAUGUGAUGCCAGGUGGCAUGAUGUGUAUAGCGAAGCCUGAUAGCCCUCAGCUCUGCAAGACAGAUGAAAUUGGUGAAAUUUGUGUUAGCUCCAAAGCUGGAGGGAUGAUGUAUUAUGGGCUAACUGGAGUAACUAAAAACACAUUUGAGGUCAUCCCUGUGAAUUCAGCUGGCUGCCCUGUGGGUGACGUCCCGUUUGUGCGUUCUGGCUUGAUGGGAUUUGUUGGACCUGGUAGCCUGGUGUUUGUGGUUGGAAAAAUAGAUGGGAUGCUCAUUGUUAGUGGGCGCAGGCAUAAUGCUGAUGACAUUGUGGCCACUGGACUAGCAGUAGAAUCUAUAAAGACAGUUUACAGAGGAAGGAUUGCCGUGUUCUCUGUGACAGUUUUCUAUGAUGAGAGGAUUGUGGUGGUGGCUGAGCAGCGACCAGAUGCAUCUGAGGAAGACAGUUUCCAGUGGAUGAGCCGAGUGCUACAGGCAAUUGACAGCAUUCACCAAGUGGGAGUAUAUUGCCUCGCUCUUGUUCCAGCCAACACUUUGCCAAAAACUCCUCUGGGAGGGAUCCAUAUAUCACAGACCAAACAGCACUUCCUGGAGGGGUCACUGCACCCAUGUAACAUUCUCAUGUGCCCACACACAUGUGUAACCAAUCUGCCAAAACCCAGGCAGAAACAACCAGGUGUCGGCCCUGCCUCUGUGAUGGUGGGAAAUCUGGUUGCAGGAAAGCGCAUUGCACAGGCUUCUGGGAGGGACCUUGGACAGAUAGAAGAGAAUGACCUGGUGAGAAAACAUCAGUUCCUGUCUGAGGUGCUCCAGUGGAGAGCACAAGCAACUCCUGAGCACAUGCUUUUCCUCCUGCUCAAUGCCAAGGGGGCCCCAGUUUGUACAGCCACCUGCCUACAGCUGCACAAGCGAGCUGAGCGAAUCGCAUCGAUUCUGUAUGAAAAGGGACACCUCAAUGUUGGUGAUAAUGUGGUGCUGCUCUAUCCACCUGGCAUUGAACUCAUUGCAGCAUUUUAUGGCUGCCUGUAUGCUGGCUGCAUCCCUGUGACUGUCCGGCCUCCACACGCUCAGAACCUCACUGCCACUUUGCCCACUGUGCGGAUGAUUGUAGAUGUCAGCAAAGCUGCCUGUAUUCUCACAAGCCAAAUCUUGAUGAGGCUACUGAGAUCCAGAGAGGCAGCAACUGCUGUUGAUGUGAAAACCUGGCCAACCAUCAUUGACACAGAUGACUUGCCCAGGAAGCGCCUACCUCAGGUCUAUAAACCACCAACGCCAGAAAUGUUGGCAUAUCUGGAUUUUAGUGUUUCCACAACAGGGAUGCUUACAGGAGUAAAGAUGUCCCAUGCAGCAGUCAGUGCCCUCUGUAGAGCCAUAAAACUCCAGUGUGAAUUGUACUCCACACGGCAGAUCGCCAUCUGCCUUGAUCCUUAUUGUGGUCUUGGCUUUGCACUUUGGUGCCUUUGCAGUGUGUAUUCUGGCCACCAGUCCAUUUUAAUUCCUCCUAUGGAGUUGGAAUCCAACCUUUUUCUCUGGCUCUCCACUGUAAGCCAAUAUAAAAUACGGGACACUUUCUGUUCCUACUCUGUCAUGGAUAUGUGUACCAAGGGCCUUGGGAACCAGGUUGAUGUAUUAAAGGCAAGAGGCAUUCACCUGUCAGGUGUCCGGACCUGCGUAGUGGUGGCCGAGGAGCGCCCCCGCGUUGCUCUCACUCAAUCUUUUUCCAAGCUGUUCAAAGACAUUGGCCUGUCAUCUCGUGCUGUCAGCACUACCUUCGGGUCAAGAGUCAACGUAGCUAUCUGUUUACAGGGAACCUCAGGGCCUGAUCCCACUACAGUAUAUGUGGAUCUGAAAUCCUUACGGCAUGACAGAGUACGACUAGUAGAAAGAGGUGCUCCCCAGAGUCUGUUGCUUUCUGAAUCAGGGAAGAUAUUGCCUGGGGUUAAAGUGAUUAUUGUUAAUCCUGAGACCAAAGGACCUGUUGGAGAUUCUCACCUUGGAGAGAUCUGGGUGAACAGUCCUCACACUGCCAGUGGUUACUACACUAUCUAUGAUAAUGAAACACUCCAAGCAGAUCAUUUCAAUACCCGUCUGAGCUUUGGUGAUGCUGCUCAAACUUUAUGGGCACGAACAGGGUACCUUGGCUUUGUGCGCCGAACAGAACUCACAGCAGCCAGUGGAGAACGCCAUGAUGCGCUGUAUGUCGUAGGGGCACUAGAUGAGACUCUUGAACUCCGGGGGUUGCGUUAUCAUCCAAUUGACAUAGAGACUUCAGUUUCUCGGACGCACAGGAGCAUUGCUGAAUGUGCUGUAUUCACAUGGACCAACUUACUUGUGGUGGUUGUGGAGCUCUGUGGCUGUGAGCAGGAGGCCCUCGAUUUAGUCCCCUUGGUUACUAACGUGGUUCUAGAAGAACAUUAUCUGAUUGUGGGAGUUGUGGUGGUGGUCGAUCCAGGAGUGAUUCCAAUCAAUUCCAGAGGAGAGAAGCAGCGCAUGCACCUCCGUGACAGCUUUUUGGCUGACCAGCUAGAUCCCAUCUAUGUAGCGUACAACAUGUAAUUUUGGAAGUGCAGGUCACUGUACAGUUUACAAAUCUUGCAAGGACCAGUGAAGGCUGUUGAAACGUAAAGAAUCUGGCAGAUAGUGAAGUUGGACCAAGCAGUCUUAUUCCUCUCCUUUCAUUUCCCUCUGUUACUGAAUUGACAACAAGAUGUACUGCUCAAAAGGCAAAAAGAUGGCAGCCAGUGAAGAAGUUUUAUAUUGCAGGAUAUUAGCUUUAUGGACAUGGAAAGUUGACCUGCAUGAGAAAACAGCAAAUUACUAAGGCCUUUAUUGUAGUGUUAAUUUUUUCAUCUGUUGUAUAUAUUUGUAUUUUUUCUAAUACUGUUUUAGGAUUCUAUGUGGGGCAGGUUUAUUUAGUUAAGAUAUCACUCCAUAACACCAAGGUCAUCUGAGUACUUCUCAUCCCUCCCUCUUUCCCACCUCCUUGUAAACAGUGUGGUUUACAACAUGUUAGCUUAAUUAUGUAGUAUUCUAUUAAUAUGGGAUCACAGUGAUUACUUAAAAUUGUGCCAUGACCAAAUCCAAUAAUCCACUGAACCGAAGAGAAUUGCUUAUUCAUAUAGAUAUUUCUUGAAUUUAAAAAAAAGGAUUUGCCUAUAUUUUAAAUAUGUAAAUAUUAACAUGCAUAAUUCAUUUAUUUAGAAAACUGGCUUGAAUAAUGACGUAUGAGGUAGAUAUCAUUUUAAGGAUUUUAACAAAGUCCUUAAAAUCAGUUGUGUGUGUUAGACAAUUAAUGCAAGAAAUGCAGAUAGGUUAUCUGUUCAGUUUUUACUUUUUUGCUCCUGGCCAGAGUAUGUCCUAGCAUGUAGAAACUGAUGUUUUAGAGGCACAUGUCUUUAAAAGGGGCUGAAGUCCAUACGCUUUAAAAGCAUUUUGAAAACAAGAAAAAAAUCUGCUACUCUGGAAUGUUUAAUAUAAUCUGUACAGCCUCUGCAUAUUCUUAUCAUGAAAUGGUGUAUAAGCAGGUCAUCAGUAAACAGAACCACUGAAUUCAUGGUCUACAUCAUGAUUCUUUUCCUCCUUUGUGCACAGUAACAGAUGCAAAGCCAGAGCAGCUUUUAUUUAAACUGGAAAAACAAAAGUCCUGCCAUUGAUGCCCUUGCUGCUUUCUGGGUAGGACUUAUGACUGCAAAGCUUGAGCUUUGGCAGAAUGUCUUAGAAGCAGUGGCAAUGCAAUCCUGUUGAAAGAGUAGGGAAAUACCUCUGCAGAUGUGAUUGUCCCGUUGAAAGUGGCUGAUUUGUUUCCAGCCUUCAAAGAAUUGAUGACAGUAGAUGCCUUAAAGUGUGCUGGAACAACCGUUAUCUGGGAAUGAUUCGCAGCUGCCACUCCCUGCCCGCCUCCACUGAGCUGGGAAAAGAAGCAGGAUUUCAUCUUGUUUAGUUAAAUCACUUUUUUGAUUGCACCCUUAGAGUCUUCUUCUGCAUGUCCCUUUUUGUUGUUUGUCAAAAGAACACUGAAAGUGGAUGCCAGAAAUGGUAACAACUCUACUUGGGCCAUUUGUGGUCUAUUUUGUAAAUAGUUAGAAUAUUUUAAUAUCUGUUUACCCACCCUGUAACAAAGCUAAUGUUUUUAGACAUUUUUAAGAGAUAUAAAUAUAAACUUGGAUUAAAUCCUCAACUACAGCAGCUAUAUUAAGUGCAACUCUGACAAAAUAUCCCUGAAAACAAACUCCAAAUGUAUACUUGAAAACUUUUCUCUACAAACUUUCAGACUUUUUUUAAUGGCCUGAUGUAUCAAUAUUUAGACAGAGCUUUUAAAUAUAUUAACAAAAUAUUUGCAAUUAUCUUCUUUGGUCAUACAUAUGGGUGAUGGUCAUACAUAUGGUGACGGGGUAUAUCGUGAAAUGAAGAAUUAUGACAGAACUAUAAAACAGGGUGGAGAGCUUACCAUUGCUUGAGACUGCUGAAAUAUUUACUGCUGGUUUUUGGCAAAGAUGGUUUAAAUAGUUUGCAUUAUCAGUAUUUCUACAACGUGGUGCUGCUACAUAAAAGAAAAGCCCUUCAUGCUGAUGUAGUUUUAAUUUGCAGAGGUUUGGAAAACACACACAACACACAUAGAUGCAAAGCAGUUGCAGGCAUACAGCAUGCAUAUAUAGAUGGGCUUCGGCAUAUAAAUGUCUGCUGUACUCCAGCCCUUAUUUAUUUAACUACGAUCUUGGCUUAUUAGGAGGUCCCUCUCUCCUUCCCGCUCUCUCUGUCUCUCUUUUUCAAAACAAACCACUUUUUUAAUGUCCUUCCACUGAACACAAUAGUAGCAUGUUCCUCUGCCGACAACUGUGCUGGUGUUUUCUACAUCAAUGUGAUAUCUUCUCCACUCCAUACCUUCGUAACACAAUUUCUCCACACAUGUAAUAUGAUAGAAAUGUUGUGUGCAGUACAGAGAAACUUGCUAAAGUGACAUAUUAGAAUUUUCAGUUCGGAAUACUGAUAUUAUAUACUGUAAAUGGGGGGAAAUAAAUAUUUCCAGUCUCUACAUAUAGCUUUCCCCCUUAAUCUAAUUAUUAAGCAUUUGAUUUCUUUUCUAGUUUAAUGUGUGAUUUUAAUGCAGAGUGUUAUCCUUCCCAAAGUCUCAUAAUUAAUACUCCAGGGAUUUCAGUUCUACUUUUUUGUUUGGGACUUCUUCAGUGCUGCAUAAUUGUUUGCCUUCAGGUAACUUAUACAAAAUGGCUGAGAUUCCAAAGGAAUGACUGUGGAAUCAGUGUCACUUGUACCUGGGCUCUGACACUGAUUUGCUAUGUGUGGCUUUGGGUAUGUUGUUCCAUGUUAUCCAUCAGUACAUGAGAUAUUGCAACUUAUAAUUGGAGUUCUACAUGAUCUUUGCAGGUUUGCUCAAGUACCCUUUCUGGGCCACAUUGCCACCUGUGUAGUUAGUGAUGGUGCUGGUGGUUUUGAGUGAUCAAAACAGCCAGAGACAAUGUUACCAGAGAAUCUUUUUGAUUUUAUUUGCUAUGUUAGUGCAAGUGGAUCCAGUGUACUUUCUCUGAAUGGGAAUGCUCCCUUGUUCAUUGAAGGGAUUCAGCUCCAGUGGAAGCGCCUGCUGAACAAGGAGAAUUUGAGAUGAUUCUCCUUCAUCCUUCAGUUUCCAAGUCAUUUUUCACACAUUCUGGAGAGUCUCCAAACCCUUUGAAAUAGCCUUUUAGAGGGCUGCAAAGGAGAAGGGGAAUUUGCAGAAAUGGUCGCUCCUUUUUCCUCUUGUGCAAGGCUGUGGAACCUGUGGCCCUCCAGAUGUCGCUGGAUUCUAGCUCCCAUUCGGUCAGCAAUAGCCAGUGAUGAGAACAGGAAUCCAGCAACAUCUGGUCAGGGACAUAAGUUCCCUGCUUGUGCACUUGUAGGAGCAUCCUGUGAAUGGAGUUUCAUUCAUAGGUACUGUGGAUCCAUGGCACUGGGUUCUUGGCAGUAUCCAUUGUUAUGAAGCAGUUUGGAAAAGCUGUUAUGCUCAGAAUCAGUUUACUGCUAUAAACAUUCAACCUUACAAAGAAACCUUCUUUCAUAUCUUACUUUCAAAGGGUUCAUCCUCUUGUUAAGUAUGUUAAUGUAACUAUUUCAGCAACCCUGUUCAUUUACACUGAUUUUCUCCUUUUGGUUCACUGUGUAGUCAUGGAUGAUGGGCCAUGCUCAAAUAUGCUGGAGACUGGAUUGUAUAAAAGCCAAUAUUCGUUGUCUUCAGCCCUGAAGUAAUUUUUUUCUUUGUUGAUGUCAAUACGUUUACCAUUGUCAGAUUCAGAUUACAACAAUGUAAUUAUGUAUAAAGUUUUUUUUUAUUUAUUUGAAAUUAGGUUUUAGAUAUACUUUUUAAAAAAUUUAACAUCUGGCUGGACAGUGUUCCAUUAACGCAUUGAUUGUGUCUCCUUUGUCUUGUGUUUAAUAAAUAAUGAUGCCUGACCGUU